CAAAUACUGUAGAACUGUAGUUAAAUAUUUAUAUUUUCAAUAUUAUAUAUGUUCCUAUUACAAUGAAAUAUUUGUUAAAAUGUGCAAUGUUUUUGUUGUUAAUAGUUUUAGGAGAUUGUUCGGAUGAAGACAAUGGUUAUCAUGAAAAUUCGGAUUUUUUGAAAAAUAUUCAGGUUACAACUGAUAUUGGAAACAAAGUGAGGAUGAUAUGUGACGAUGUGGUCGAACUUGAAUUUGUCAUAUGGAAACACAACAACAAAUAUUUUUAUCCAGAUCUAAGCAAUGUAACAAACAUUGAUUGGGUGAAGGGUAACAAUCUGGACCUAACUAUACUCACAGAAGAACACGGUGGUAAGUGGGAAUGUUGGAAUUCUGGUUUUCCUGUUAAUAGAUACAUCAUUACAGUAAAUCCUGUAAAAGGCAGCAAUUCAACUGAUGUGGACACAGAACAGAACGAUACAACUACAAAAGAAUCAUUUUCCAUGAGCAGCUCUACUGUCUCGUCAAAUUCAAAACAAAUUGAAGAAAUAAUUAUCACUACAUACUGGUUUAUCAUUACAAUCAUCGAUAGCGUUUUCAACAGAUAAUGAGAAAUUUAUUAGCAACUCAGCGGAAAAAAAGAAGCUCAGAAGGUUAACAUCUUAGAAUACCUACUUUUUGAUACAAUAAAAAUAUAUAAUUAAUAUUGUUAAUAAGAAUUAACCAUGGGAACCUGCUUAUUAUAAAUGAAAUAAUUUGGUUUUAAAGAAAAUAUAAAUUUUUAAUUUGUUAAAAAUUGUAAAAAUCAGCAGCAUAAAUAUCAGGUUCCCGUGGUAAAUUUUGAGUAAACUUUUUGCUGUUAUAUUGUAGUAUCAGACUAUUGUAGCAUCGAUUAAAACAAGAUUUAACUUAUGUAGGGGAGUGCAAUUAGAACGAAAACAUGCAUUGUUUCGGAAAAAUUCAAACAAGCUUAUAUUUUUCUUAAACUUUUUUUAGUAGUUUAUAAUAUGCUUAUUAAAGUAAAAAAGUUCUGCUCGCAGAUUUGGCCGCUAAUUGUUUAUUAAUUGUUUAAACAAUAACAAUUGUUUUGUAUCAAUAAUUUUAAAAAUAUCGUUAAAUUCAUCAUUGUUUACUUUGAUCAAAUAUGUUUCUAUUUUGUUUUUGAUUAUGCUGAAUCCGAAUAUGGCAUUGCAAUUUGAAAAUUUUUAUACAGAAGCUCUUAUGCAGUAUGUAUGCUAGGAACCACAUGGAAAACUUUUUUAUUAUUAAUUUUACGAAAAAAAGUUAUUCUUCAUAAAAUGCUCUGGAUAGUUAAAAAUCUAAAACUUAACCAUCAGAUAUCAAAUUUACUCAAUUUUAUACGAGUUAUGUCAAAAAUAUGAAUUACGUUAAAGAGUAAAGUACCUUUAUAUUCAAGAAUAUCAAAAAAUGAUAUUAUGAAAAGUUGUUUGAAAUUAAAAACUGUUUAAAUAUACAAUUACAUCAUUCUAAUUGAAAAAAAAAAUUCAAUUUUUUCUCAAAUUACGGAUACUCAUCAUCAUUUUAUUACAAUUAUGAUAACUAUUUUAUUAUCACUUUUACGAAAAAAAGUUAUUCCUCAUAAAAUGCUCUACCUGGUCAAAAAUCUAAGAUACAACCAUCAGAUAUCAAACUUUUUUAAUUUUAUACGAGGUAUGUAAAAAAUAUGAAUUUUUUAAGAGUUAAGUGCCUUUAUUAUUCACAAUAUUUUAAUUAGAAGGAUGUAAUUGAACACUAAAACAAUUUUUUUAAUUUCAAACAACUUUUCUUAAUAACACUUUUCGAUAUUGUGAAAUGUAAAGGUACUUUACUCUUGAGUGAAAUUCAUAUUUUUUGACAUACCUCGUAUAAAAUUAAUUAAAUUUGAUAUUUGAUGAUUGUAUCUUAGAUUAUAAACGAUGCAGAGUAUUUUAUAAAGAAUAACUUUCUUUCGUAAAACUGAUAAUACAAAAGUUAUCAAUAGGUUCCAAGUUACGCAGACAUACUGUAUAAGAGCUAAAAAAAUUUUUUUUAAUGAACAUUUAUUAUUGCUGAAGCUUAUUAUUAAAUGUAUUUUAGGUAAGUUUUGCAGAAAAAAGUUUUGAUCACUUUGUAUAAACAUUUUUUUAGCUGGUAAUUUUCGGUUUUUGUAUUACAUUUUUGUUAUCUUCCUUAAUUUUCCCAAAGAGAAAUAGUUUAUUUCAUUUCUAAAGUAAUUUAGUGAAUUUUCUAGAUUACAUCCUAAGCUUUAAAAAAGUGCUUAUAAAACUGUAAUAGAUCUGUUCAAACUUGAGUAAUGCCGUCUUAAAAUGGUGGUAAUUCUAUAAAACUACAAAGAUUUCAAAAAUUACAUUUUUUGAGACGUCAUAUCAUUUGAAUUAAAUUUUAUAAAUUUUUUUUUUAAUAAAACAUCAUUUAGUAAGAUGCUUGAAAGGUAAGGUGUGCAAUUGAGAGUUUUAUAAGAAAAAUUGUAUUAGUUACACAUUUUUAAAUAAUUUUUAAACAAAAUUCAUGUAAGGCUCAUUUUCCGCCCACACCAUACUUAUCACCAUACAUUUUAUUUCUUUCUAUUAUAACCAUAAAAUAGCUUAGUUAUUUUUCUUUCAUGAUCAAUUUGUAAAAUUUCAUUUGAUAAAUUAGUUAAAGAAUUACAUUAAAAUAACUCAACCGUGCACUUCGCCGUACGCUAGUUUACAGUGCGCCAAUUUUUGUGAGAAGGGUGACUUUAGCGUUAUAAAUGAAAAAUUAUAAAAGAUACAAAUUUAAUUUUAGAAAAAUUUUUAUAUAAGGUUUUUUUUGUAAAAUUUUCUGAAUUUUUCAAUGGUCAAGUCAGUUUUUUCUAAAAGUUAUUUUUUGGGAGGUAUUUAAAAAACAUCUAAUUUCGUAGAUCAUUUGUUUAAUAAAAAAUGAAGCACCCACUUCUCGAGUAGAACUUUUUGAUAUGCUGUUUAUUAAACAUUUCUUAAUGAAAUUACAAAAAGUUCUAUCUUGUUUGAUUUUUUCCGAAGUGAAAAUCUAUAUGCACUCCCCUAAUGGGUGAAAAUAA